AUGCCUUCCCGAACAGAUACACCCCUGAACGUGGCCGUCAUUGGCGCUGGCCUGGGUGGCCUCGCAGCCGCCAUUGCGCUGCGUCGUCAGCAGCACCACGUCACUGUCUAUGAGCGCCAUGACUUCGCUGGAGAAGUCGGUGCUUCGUUGAGUGCGGCUCCAAAUGGGUCGAAGUUCCUGGAACGAUGGGGGGUCGACAUUGCCGCUGCAAAACCGGUGAUUUUGAAGAACCUCAUCAUGCAUGAGUGGAAAGAUGGGAAGGUGCUGAAUGAGUUCGGACUUGGUGACUAUAAAGCAAAAUUUGGCACCGACUACAACAAUUUCCAUCGCAUUGACAUUCAUAAACAACUCCUGAAGUCCGCCUUCGAAGAGCCAGGCGAAGGACCGAAAUGCAUCCUUGAAAUUAACCAUAAAGCAAUCGAGAUUGACGCAGAAGCGGGCGUCAUCCGUUUUGAAAACGGCCAAAAAGCGACUGCCGAUCUGAUCGUCGCCGCAGACGGUAUCAGGUCCCUUACCAGAGAACAAAUGGGUAUAACGCCGCAAUUCGAGAUGUCCACCUCCUGCUGUUACCGCUGCAUCAUCGGCGCCGACAAGCUGCGUGCUCUGGGAUUGGAAGACUACAUCAACAAUCAGGCGAUCGAGUAUUGGGGAGGCUUUGGCAUAAACAAGAUAGUCAUGUCACCGUGCAGUGACGGCGAUGUCGUCAGCUGUUACUGUUUCUACCCAUCAGAGUACAACAAUCUGCGAGACGAUGGGUGGAAUAUCUCGUCCUCGCCGCAGCAGCUUCUUGCAACUUUUCCAGAUCUGGAUCCGAGAAUGCGGACACUCAUGGCAAAUGCGGAGGAUAUCAAGAUGUGGCGAUGUAAGUACAUCCAAUCCGUGAGCUUGAGGGUGGAGAGAGAACUAAGAACGCAGUAUACCGCCAUCAACCAUAUCCAUACUGGGUUAAAGGCAAGGUAUGCCUUCUCGGCGACGCAGCGCACCCUAUGA